AGUGCUCGCUUGCGUUCGAUGUAUUCGUGCGAAAGCGAAAGAUGCGUGCGACGACUUUGGGGUGCCGCGACGCGGGGCGCAUGAGUGGAGACGCGCGUUCAUCUCUCCGUUAGUGAGGGAAAGGCAAAUGGUGACGUGGAUGAAUUAUCUCGCUGAUGAAGUCGCCUUCGUGACCGACGAGAGACCGAAACUGUCGUCGAUGGAUCCGGCUUCCUCGAUCGAAGCGUGUCGACAACGGUGAAUCGUAAGGCCUCGAGCCUUGAGGAACAAUGCCAAUCGCCAGGGGCCACCCAGGCGGCCGUUCGUCGAGCUGCCUGCGCAAGUACCGGCUGGUCUUCGCCUUUGGCAUAACCGUACUAUGUGUCCAGGUCUACCUGCAUACAUUCUUUGGUCUGGACAAUGAUGACAAGAGCAAAUCCAGCCGGCUGUCGUCUGGAGAGGGAGGGUCUUCUCAACCUGAAGAGGAUGAAGGUCUGCCGAAGGGCUUACGUCAACUGAAACUUCCACCUGAUAAGCAAGCAAACUCGAAUAGGCAGACUUGGUCGCAAUCACAGCUACCAAGAAAUCGCACAACCAAAAUCAAGCUGGAUCGCAAAUCGUUGAAUUUCACGCCUGCGUGCGAGGUCACGGUCCGGGAGGCGGUGAGCGCUGUGAUGCGUGCUCAGAGCCAAGCAUGCAAGCAACGCAUUGUCAAUGUGACGUGCCUUAGCCAGCAAGGUUUGUUGUACCCGGAAGGAGUACAAUCCUUGUGUCCCCAUUCUCCAGGUUUCACAGGCAUACCGAUCAACUUGGGUUGCUUCAAGGAUGACAAGACACUGAGAGCGCUCUCUGGUUAUUAUCACGUCUUUAAAGGGAACAAUACGCCCGAGCGUUGCGCCUAUAUGUGUCUUCAAUCGGGAUUUCCAUAUGCUGGUACAGAAUACUCGGUGGAAUGUUUUUGCGGAAUGGAAGAGCCAUUGCAGACGAAACGGUUACCAGAUUCCAGCUGCAAUAUGAAAUGCUCUGGCAAUCCGAAACAGACGUGUGGUGGUUAUUUAACGAUUAACAUAUAUUGGACUGGUAUUCAAAGAUUCAAAGCGCAAGAAGCGAAAAAUUCUAGUUUGAAGAAUGAAUUCGAGCAACCUGUGCGAAUAGCUUAUCUGCUGACGGUGAAUGGAAGGGCGAGUCGGCAAGUGAAACGACUUAUCAGUAUUUUAUAUCAUCCUUCACAUUUAUUUUAUAUCCAUGUUGAUGCGAGGCAAGAUUAUUUAUAUCGCGAAAUGUUAGAGCUGGAAAAGUCAUGUAAAUUAAACAAUAUCAAAGUGGCGAGAGGGGAGGGUUUGCGACAUGCAAGUAUUUGGGGUGGCGCAAGUCUCUUGACAACAUUUCUGAAGUCCGCGCAACAAAUGCUCGCGUAUAACCAACACUGGGACUUUCUUGUAAAUUUAUCAGAGUCCGACUUCCCUUUGAAAAGCAAUAAUCAGCUGACUGAGUUUCUCAGUUGGAACAGAGGUAUGAACUUUGCAAAGUCGCACGGAAGAGAGGUUCAGCGUUUUAUAGCUAAACAGGGUUUAGACAAGACCUUCGUCGAAUGUGAGGCACGCAUGUGGCGAAUCGGCGAUCGAAAAUUGCCAGAUGGUAUUCAGAUUGAUGGCGGUAGCGAUUGGUUCGCUCUGACCCGAGACUUUGUCGAGUACGUUGCUAAUCCGAAUCCCGAUCAAUUGGUGGCCAAUCUGUUAAAACUGUUCAAAUAUACUUUGCUACCGGCUGAAUCAUUUUUUCAUACGGUGUUGAGAAACUCACGAUUCUGCAAUACUUAUAUAGAUAAUAAUCUACACAUGACUAACUGGAAGAGAAAAUUGGGGUGCAAGUGUCAAUACAAGGCCGUGGUGGAUUGGUGCGGAUGCAGUCCGAAUGAUUUCAAGCUCGAGGAUUUUAAUCGAUUGAGAAACACAAUGGACCGCAAUAUAUUUUUCGCCCGUAAAUUUGAACCUGUCAUCGAUCAUAGAAUCAUAAACCGCGUAGAGGAAUGGCUUUAUCCCGAUCGAACAAACAAAACGGCUAAAUUGUGGAGCUACGACAUGUACUGGCAAAGUCUUUAUCAUCACGCAGAUCUGAGUCCGUUACCGGACGAUGCUUUGUUAACGCUCUCGUAUUCUUUGGCGAGAUUGGUUUACCGCAAACUGAAUGUGGAUUACAAGAAUGUCCGCUUGUUAGAAAACACCGCGUAUUUUCGCGAAAACCGUUUUGCUGGUAUACUAAUUCUGGCGGAGAACAAAGACGAAACGUCCUCCAACAUACCUGUACCACCUAACAUUCGCGCGAAACGCGUAGAAGCUUUAAUCUCCAUGAGACAUAACUUUUCCGCCAGUAAAUUAUGGUCAGGAAAGAUACGAAGUCUUUCUGUUAGCACAGACUACGAUCAAAAGGAGCAGACGUUUAGGAAUUUGAUGGGCAGCAUAGGGCCGUACUCGUCUCCGGUCUUGGCUUACGAGUUUGACGCAGGUAUUACAAUACCGCAGAAUGUAUCGAUCUUAUGGAUUGAUCCGCAUGGUCGCCUUGCUGAAGUGAAUCACGUGCUGCUUGAAGAGAUGAUCUUGAUAGGACAUGUUAAGCCGCAGCUAAAUGAACAAUUGACCGUUGGUACUUGGCGGCUAUUAUUAGUUGCUGAUACUCAAUUAAUAGCAAAAUUAAAAUUCCUGGUGAUUCCACUGUCCUAUUGGAAGGCCAAGAAGAUAAACUUAGAUAAGGCGAAGGAAAUAAUAGACGGCCCGAGCACCGUCUAUCAUAUUACAGAGGAGAUGAAUAAGAAUUGGUCGAAGUUAGUGAAAUCCGCAAUAGUAAGCGACCAGAUUGCGCAGAGUCAGAAUAGAAUUGAUGAGGAUCUCGACAAUUGGUUGGACAGAUUAGUAUACGAGCACUACGAGAUCGACGAGAUAUGUGACGUUGACGAUGAGACUCUGUUCAAAUCGAAGCUACAAAAAUGUCAGGAUACCCUCUGGAGCUCCCUGAGCCCCGAUUCAAAGGCUGAUACUCGUAACCUAUGUCAAAACUACUAAUUAAUUAUUUUACCAACUACGUGCCAUUUUCGCCGUUUUGAAACUUAUUAUACGUGUAUAAAGACAUCUUUAGAUAUUUUUAUAUCGAUUAAACUGUACACACAUAUA